AUGUUUAAAUAAUAAUGUCCAUAAUCUUUAAAUUGUGGAUAUCUGAAUAAUUGCAUAGAUGAUAUCUGUAUACAUAAUCCAAUAUUUCCCAUGUCCUUAUAUACUAUUUUAGUAUAUAUAAUUUGUCCUAUCUUGUUAGGAUUAGGAAUGACUGGAGGUUUAGGAGGAGGAGUAUUAAAAGGACCAAUUCUUUUAAUGAUGCUUGAUUACGAAUAGAGUUAUGCAACUUAACUUUCAUAUUGUUUAAUGUUUGGUGGAUGUGUCAUUAAUACAUUUCUAUUAAUGAAAAAAUCACAUCCAUACGAUUAAUAAAGACCAUUAAUUAAUUACAAUUUAGUUGUAAUUUUAAAUUGUUCUAUUGCUCUUGGAACAUAUUUAGGUAGUAUCCUUAAUGUUUUUCUUGCUCCUUUAAUAGAAACUAUUUUUUAACAAAUUUUCUUAAUUAUUGUUAUUCCAUUUUUAUUCAAUAAAGCAAAAAAAGAAAAACUUAGAAAAAUUAGAUGCUAAAGUUAACUUGAUUUAGAAUAAUAUUUACUUAAUUAAAAAGAUUCAAUAUUUACUGAUGAAUAAUAACUAUUAUUAAAAUAGGAAUUUUACAAUUAUUUUCCAUCUUAAAAAUUGAUGAUUGCUUUAUCUUUCUUUUUUAUUUCAUAAAUAAUUAUGACUGGAGGAAAAUAUCUUAAACCAUAUAUUCAUAUAAAUGAAUGUUUUGAUUUUAGAUAUAUUUUAUGGAUUAUAUUACUAUUUGUAAAUCUUAUUAUGACUAGAUUUGUAUAUAAAUAUGGUUAAAAUGUAAUAUAUUAAAUAUCAUCAUUUUAGAAAGAAAAAAAGUUUGAUGAAUAUAAUAUAUUUAUGUCAGAAAGAUAUUUUCAAAAGAAACGUUUUAUUUUAAUAUAUGUUUCUGGGUUUUUAGCAGGAUUAAUUUCAGGGCUUUUGGCUUUAGGAGCAGUAUUAAAUUUUUUUAUUAAUUUAAGGGAUUAUUGA